AUGGCAUUGACACAAGCAGCCGCAUUUAUUGAACAAAAGGUCCUCGGCCAUGACAACAAUGCCACCACCGAGCAAGACAUCACAAACCCAGGCCGCGAUAGAGCAAAGUAUGCCGACCCAAGUGGAGAAAUAAUGAAAGCUCUUGUGUGGAUGGGAAAAAAUACCGUGGAAGUCCGCGACGUCCCAAAACCCCGCGUAGUAGAAGACAGGGAUGUGAUUUUGAAAGUUACGGGAAGUACGGUGUGUGGCAGUGACUUGCAUUUGCUGCAUGGUACUGUCUUGCAGCUUGAGAAAGGCGAUAUCUUGGGCCAUGAGUUUUGUGGUGAGGUUGAAUCGAUGGGAAAGAAUGUCACGGGACUGCAGAAGGGGGAUCGCGUUGUUGCUUCUUUUCAGAUUGCUUGUGGUGAUGUAUGGUCCCCGAUGCGUUUCCUGCGAAUGAUGGUUGAUGAGAUUAGUGUUACUACUGCAACAAGAAACUGUCUUCGCAGUUACGGUGGAAGAACAGCUGGAAUUUUUGGAUACUCUCACUUCACCGGCGGUUUCGCAGGUGGACAAGCCGAAUAUGUUAGAGUGCCAUACGGAGAUGUUAAUCUCUUGAAAAUCCCAUCCAGUGUCCCCGACGAAAAGGCGUUGUAUCUCUCAGAUGUUUUGGCCACUUCAUGGAACGCUGUAGUCGAUACUGGCGUUGAGCAGGGCGAUGUAGUAGCGAUUUGGGGAGCUGGACCCAUUGGACAAAUGGCCGCCGAGUUCUCCCUCAUCAAUGGCGCAUCUAAAGUCAUCAUGAUUGAUAGCAACUGGCGAUUGGAUUAUGUCAAGUCCAAGUAUCCAAAUAUCGAGACCAUUGAUUACAGUACUCUCCCUCGUGGAACAUCCGUCACUUCAAAAUUGAAGGAGAUGGUUCCCAGAGGUCCCGAUGUUGCGCUUGAAUGCGUGGCAGGCGAGUAUGCCAAGGGCUGGGCGCAUUACUUUGAGCUUAUGCUUGGAUUGGAAACUGAUAGCUCUGAGAUUGUCAACGAGAUGAUCACCUCGGUGAAGAACUUCGGUCGCUGUGGGAUUACUGGUGUCUAUGUCGGCUACACCAACCAUUUCAACAUCGGUUCCUUGAUGGAGCGUGGUAUCCGUCUCAUUGGAAAUGGCCAAGCCCCGGUCCAUAUGUACUGGGAGAAGCUUCUCAAAAUGAUCGAAAGUGGUGAGAUUGACCCGCUUAAGAUGGUCUCCCAUCGAGUGAAGAUGGAGGAGUUGGCCGAGGUGUAUUAUAAGUUCGAGAAGAAGGAAGAUGGGAUGCAGAAGGUGUUUGUCGAGACGAAGUUUUCUGCUCCUGCGGCUGCGGGAAGUCCUGCUUUGACUACGUAUACAAAAUGA